UCCCGGCCCGGCCCGGCCCGUCCCGCUCCGCUCCGCUCCCGCAGACGAUGGUCCGGCGCUGGGCGAGGUCGCUGCUGCCGUGCAAGUCCUUCGCCCUCCUGCUGCUGCCGCCGCUGCUGCUCCUGCCGCUGCCGCUCGUGCUCCGCAGCCUGGAGGCCAGAUGUGGCUAUGUCAUCAUCCUCAUGGCUGUGUACUGGUGCACAGAGGUUAUCCCCUUGGCUAUUACUUCUCUCCUCCCAGUUGUAUUAUUUCCUCUGUUUGGCAUCCUGGAGUCUAAAGAGGUGUGCAUGCAGUACCUGAAGGACACCAACAUGCUGUUUGUCGGGGGCCUGAUUGUAGCCGUGGCUGUGGAGCACUGGAACCUGCACAAACGCAUUGCACUGAGGGUCUUGCUCAUCGUUGGAGUCAAGCCUGCACUCUUAAUGCUGGGGUUUAUGGGAGUCACCGCCUUCCUGUCCAUGUGGAUAAGCAACACUGCCACUACUGCCAUGAUGGUUCCUAUCGUCCAGGCUAUCUUGGAACAAAUGUACAGCACUGAGGAGGAUUUGGCAGAGCCACCUGUUCCGCAAACAAAUGUUGCGAUCGAACUGGAAGAAAAGAAUGCAGCGAACACAGUGGGGGUGCAGGUCAUAAGUAAUGGACACAUCCCUGAUGACCCCACAGCUUAUAAGGAAAGCGAAUUAAAGAAGCGCACCUGCAAGGGGCUGAUACUGUGUGUGUGCUAUGCUGCUAGCAUCGGAGGAACUGCAACGCUCACAGGAACAGGGCCAAACCUGGUGUUGAAAGGCCAGAUGAAUGAAUUGUUCCCCAGAAAUGGUGAUACUGUAAAUUUUGCUUCCUGGUUUGGAUUUGCCUUCCCUAACAUGAUUCUGAUGUUGAUAUUAGCUUGGCUUUGGCUCCAGUUUUCAUUCAUGGGACUCAAUUUGAAACAGACCUGGGGCUGCGGGAUGGAGAGGACCGACAAAGAGAGAGCUGCAUUCAGUGUGCUUAAGUUAGAGCUCCAGAAACUGGGUUCCAUCUCCUUCGCGGAAUUCAACGUCCUCAUGAUAUUUGUUCUUUUGGUUCUCCUGUGGUUUACACGUGACCCUGGUUUCAUUCCUGGCUGGGCCACCUACCUCUUCAACAGGAAAUCAGAGUUUGUCACUGAUGCCACGGUCGCUAUCUUCGUUGCACUGUUACUGUUCAUCGUUCCGGCAACUAAACCCAAGUUCCUUUGCUGUAAUCGAGAUAGCUUUGAUCCUGAACAGAGGGAACGAGCUAUGAAAGAACCGUUCUUGCCAGCCCCAUUGCUAGAGUGGAAGGUGGUUCAGAGAAGGCUGCCCUGGAGUAUUGUGCUGCUGCUUGGAGGGGGCUUCGCCUUGGCCCGUGGAAGUGAAGCUUCCGGUCUUUCAAGAUGGUUGGGUCAACAGAUGUCACCACUAAACAGUGUUCCUGCCUGGGCCAUUGCAGUGAUACUUUCAUUUGUUACUGCUGUCUUCACCGAAUGCACCAGUAAUGUAGCAACGGCCACCCUCUUCAUGCCUAUCUUUGCAUCCUUGGCACAGUCCAUCAAGGUCAAUCCUUUGUACAUCAUGAUCCCAGGGACUCUCAGUGCCUCGUUUGCCUUCAUGCUACCUGUGGCAACUCCGCCGAAUGCGAUAGUGUUUUCAUAUGGUCACCUCCGUGUUGCAGACAUGGCUAAAACAGGAUUCAUCAUGAACAUUCUUGGAGUCCUUUGUGUCACUUUGGCCAUCAAUACUUGGGGACGCCCCCUGUUUGACUUGGACACUUUUCCAUCUUGGGCCAACAUCACGUCUGGAAAGUGAGCAUUGAAGAAUGUAUUGGAAAGAUGAACUUGAAUGCUGUUUUCUCAUUGCCCCGAGACCUAUGUAGUGCCUUAUUGGCAGUGCGGAUGCUGUGUUAGAUGAAUACAACAUCGUGGGGCCCAAAUUUCUGGUGAGGCACCAGCCAACUUGAAAUCAUUCCAGUCAUGACUGAGCCAUGAGGACAGCUUCUGUAGAGAUCUCUGAUGAGCUGUGAUGGUAACACGUUUGUUGUGAUGGACUGAUUCAUGUGCGUUUCCAAGCAAGUGGGACUGCAGUGCUAGAUUUUAUUUAACAAUAAUAAGAGAAGAAAGGCUGCUCUGUAAAAAUGGAUCAAACCAUCAAGUUAGUAGCAUUCACGUGUAAAUCAUUAGCAUAGGACACUGCAUACAGUCAAGGGCUUGCAAUUCAUUAACUUCCUCUUGUGUCCAUAAAUCACCAAUUGUACCAAGUGUCCCUGCUGUCACUGGCAGCCUAAUGGAAGAAGGAUUUACUUAGAGUUGGGCUUAACAACGUGAAGAGAAACUCUUUCCAAGUACACAUCCAGCAAUGUUCACCCAGGCCUUGGCUUCACUCCCAAAUCACAUUAGAGCGACUGCGAUGAUGAACGAACACUGCGCUGGCCACGACUUUGGAAUGCAGAUAGGCAAGGAGGUGUUGUGGUUAGCUUUUACUUGCUAUGUUGUGGUGCAGGCAGAAACAAGGAGGAUACUGAGCCAAGUAUUGCUUCACCAAUGUACAUGCCUUAUUGUAGGCAACCUGGAAGUGAGACAGAUAGACUGCACAUAGACUUCCAGGUGUAAUGAAACUUCUUAGCUUAACCUCUUACAUGCCUUCCAGUUAGUUAACUCCUUAAUGUGGGAGUGGAGACAAGGCCUAAAGGAUGGGUUUUUGAAGGGGGAACAUAUUUAUAACUCUAAUUAUGGACCAGGUUCUAAAAGUCUUAAUCAUUGUUCCCUUUGAGAUUGGGCCAGCUGACUCCAGUAGGGGUUUUGUCAAAGUAUUUUGCAAUUUAAGGCCCUAUGUGUCAAGUGUUUCACAGCACCUGGCUUAUAACUGGAAUAGCACCAUGAUUUCUCUCAAUGUUUCUGAAGCAAUAACGUCUUCAGAAGAGCUGGUGACAGGUGUCUAGAGGUAUAGCUGGUCAUGCUGUGGCUUCUUUGACAGUGAGACAAAAAAAGGGUUUUUAUUUAUUCUGUGGAGACUAAAUUAAUAGAAGCCAAUGUGGCAUUGUCUAGUGGGAUGGCACCACCUGAGUGCUUUCGCAGUCUCACUGUGUGCGGCCGUAGGCAAGUCAUUUAGGCUACAAACAGAUGUUGCAUUUAUCCCGUGAUAUACCAUAUUAUCCUGGGACCAAAUACAGUCAUUCAGAUGUUUGUGUCCAUUAUCCUGGGAUAAGCCCUAAAAAGGUUCAGGGGAUAAGAAGUAUUAAUGGUUUAUCCUGGUAUAUCACAAAGUGUGUCUGAAUGGUUAAUCUGGGAUUACGUCGCUGCUUCAAUGGCAGAAGAGCAGCAGUGCAUUUAGCCGCUCAAUAAACUCUUUCUGAAGGGUGAUGUGUGUACAUGCCAGUCCUGGAAUAUUUCUGUUCUGGGACAAACACACGCAGAAGUGGUCCAGGGACAAAUGCAGCAUCUGUUCCUAGCCUUAACUUUAUAGUGCCUCAUUUUCCCUGUGUGCCUAAUGAGGAAAAUGGUGCUGACCUACCUCACAAGGGUGUUGUGAGGGCUGAGGCCCUAAAUCCUGCCACCCCGGUUCCAAAGCCUGAAUAAGGGCUCAGGAUCUGGCCUCUAAUGAAUCAAUGGAAGUAAGAUGUUUAAUGUUGUUGUUGUUGUUAACAUGACUUUUUUUUCUUUAUAGAACUGGAAAAAAAGAUUUUUUACUUUGCCUUUAAAAGCAAGGAAAUAUCUAUAAAACACCUGGUGUUGGAGAAAGAAAUGUUUCCUGUGUGGAAAACCUUUUAGCUAUUGUUUGAAUUCACUAUGUAAGGGUUUGAUUCUUCACGGUGCUGGACACCCUUAGGUCCACUGGCACUUGCUGUUAGCAUCUCCUAAGGAGGUGUGCAGUGGCUCAGACCUGCUGUAGGGGUAUCUAUCUACACCACUACAAAGGGCCAAGGCAGCCUGGGCAGCUGCCUUACAACCACAGGGGGAAGACAGGAAAUCAAAUAGGAACAGGUGAUAGUGGCUGGUGAACAUCACCCAACAAACAAAACCUCUUCAUCUAUUAAGCAAGAUGUCAGUUCCAAUAAGAAAUGCUAUGAUUGUGGGGAUCUAGCUUUGCUGAAAUACCUCUAGGAAAACUUGGUGAAAUCACUGGAAGUUAGAUGCUUAGGUGCUUUAAGGGAUCUCAUCUUUGGGAGUGCAAGUACUGUCUAAGCUGGAGCACAGGCUGCCUGGCUUUGAGACGCUGCGAUUGCCCUCUACUUUCACUGAUUUCACGGGGUUGGGUCCACGGAUGGUUUUUGCUAUAGGAGAGUCAUUAGCAAAGCAUCCCUGACUACUGGCUGUGAUUUGUUAGUGCAUAAAUUCUGUGCUUGGUUCUCAGUUUUCCUUCCUGUCAAAACUGAUUCUCCUGUGGAAAAGCAUUUCUCUUAUGAAGGAGGUUCCUGUUAAAUGUCGUAACUCGGUCAUUCCUCAGCUCCCCAUGCAGAAGUGAGUGGAGGGGAGUUUUCUUAAGCAGGAUGCAUUUAAAUUAUUUGAAUACUUUCCUUUUAGCCAAGGAAAUUUUUUUUGGUUCCUGUGCUGCUGCAGGAGUGGAGGUUUAAACUUUCUAUUCCACUAUGAACACGUAAACGGUGUUAUUUAAAUUUCAGGGGGAACACAGAGAGGUGGAAAGAAUGAAAUAUGGCUUCAGAAGUCUCAAUCCCUUUUUACUGAGAUAAUUGAGUCCACUUUGUACGCCGUAUGGCGCAGUCUUGUAAAUAUUGACACUUUCUUCCUUGCUGAAGCAACUUUGGUGAUUUUUUUUUUUUCUACAAUUGAUUUGUUUUAAUGUAAGUGGGCAAGUCACAGGACAUGAACCUGCCGGACUCAAUGGGGUAGAAUUAAUCUUUUCUUCAGCACAGAUUACUUUUCUGGUUACUCAGAGGAAGGCUGGAUUCUCCAUCCCAGUUCACCCUGAAUUCACUGGUGCUGGUGUCGCUCCAUUGAAAUUGCUUGAGGGACAAGUGGUAGAGAACCACCCCCAGGGUAUUCUUUGCACCUAAGGGAAGGUGGUUGGAAAAGGAGUUUAGGAUUUCAAGGUGUGUUGUAAAAAUGUGUGAGUCAACACCUUCUAGGCCAGUGGUUCCCAACCUUUUUAGGCUCGAGGCAUUCCCUGACAGCCCUUUGGAAUUUGCCACCUUUCAGUUUUCACUCAUUUUUUGACUACUGAAUAAUAAUAAAGCAAUUUUUCUGUUGCAAAG